UCCCACUCUCUCACUGUGCGCGCGCUCGCGUGUGUGUGUGGAACUGUCAGUCCGUCAUUUGGGCAGUGCGGAGCUGAGCCGGAUACGUCAACUUAAAGCAAUAUAUCUGACAAAAUUCACUCCGAAUUUAGUCUCUGACACCUUCAACAAUCGGAAUACUGGCUUUCUUUGGGAAUUAUACAUUUUUUCGGGGCGGACAAGCGACAAAGAAAGAAAGUGGGAGUGGGAUUUUGCACGAGACAUAUUUGAAGGGUUGUUGGCUUAGCCUGACUGGGGUGAGUUAGCAUGCUAAUGGAGCAGCGCCGCAGUGGAUGCCUGUUUUUCCGCUUUUAUAUGUAAAUUAGUCUGACGUCGUAAAAUUAAUUUUUUACUUUUCAUAUUCUCUUAUAUCCGUCCAUGAUAUUCUGUUUUACCACAAGUGUAGUGUUUAUAAAAGGGCUUGAGAAAAGCUUGCUUGGCAUGUUAGCUAGUUAGCAAGUAACGUUAGGGGAGGCUUACAAAUGAAGCCUUAAGGAGCUUUUCCCGUUUACGGAUAAGAAUUUAAAAAUAACACCGCAUUUUGUUCGUAACUUUAAUGCUGUAUGUAAUAACUGUGUGUUUUAUCGCAUUUGGGUGAGAUAUUCAUCUGUGUAACACGCUAAUAGUUGAGUUGGUACAGUUAGCUGGCUGGGGUUAGCUAACUGAACGUUAUGCCAAAUGAUAUUUUACUAAGAGACAGUUAGGACGCCACUAGCUUACUUAAAGCACUUGUCACUGUGUGAUAGUUACUUUAUUGUUAUACAACAAACAAUGGCAUCGGCUGUUAACGCUGUCUCAUCAUUUGCGAGCAAAAAAACAAAGAAGAAACAUUUCGUGGCUCAGAAAUUGAAGCUGUUUCGUGCCAGCGACCCUCUGCUCAGUGUUCUUAUGUGGGGAAUUAACCAUUCGAUAAAUGAGUUGAGCCAUGUUCAGAUCCCCAUCAUGCUAAUGCCUGAUGACUUCAAGGCCUAUUCUAAGAUCAAGGUGGACAACCAUCUUUUCAACAAAGAGAAUAUGCCAAGCCAUUUUAAGUUCAAAGAGUAUUGCCCUCUUGUUUUCCGUAAUUUAAGAGAAAGGUUCAGCAUCGAUGACCAGGACUUCCAGAACUCUUUGACCCGCAGCGCACCCCUCGUCAGUGAAGCUCAGGGCCGUAGCGGUGCUCGCUUUCACACCUCUUACGACAAGAGGUAUGUCGUCAAGACCAUUAGCAGCGAGGACGUGGCCGAGAUGCACAACAUCCUCAAAAAGUACCAUCAGUAUAUCGUGGAAUGUCAUGGUACCACACUGCUACCGCAGUUCCUCGGCAUGUACCGCCUCACCGUUGACGGAGAUGAGACUUAUAUGAUUGUCACACGCAAUGUGUUUAGCCAUCGGUUGUCUGUGUAUAAGAAAUAUGACCUGAAGGGAUCUACUGUUGCCAGAGAGGCAAGUGACAAAGAAAAGGCUAAGGAACUCCCCACAUACAAGGAUAAUGACUUUAUUAAUGAUGGACAAAAAAUAUACAUCGAUGAAGAGAGUAAGAAAAUCUUCCUUGAUAAGCUUCGAAAGGAUGUGGAGUUUCUGGCCUUACUGAAGUUGAUGGAUUACAGUCUUCUGGUUGGCAUUCAUGAUGUGGAGAGGGCAGAACAAGAGGAGGUGGAGAGUGAGGAUAAUGAAGGAGAAGAGGAAGGAGAAAGUGAUGGAGGGAUGGUUGGCACUCCUCCCGACAGUCCCAGUAACACCCUGGACAGCGCUAAACCACUCUCACCGGGAGACUUCGACCCCAGUAUUGACGUCUACGCCAUCAAAAGCCAUGACAAUUCCCCUAGAAAGGAGGUUUACUUUAUGGCUGUUAUUGACAUUCUGCAGCAUUAUGAUGCCAAGAAAAAAGCAGCUCAUGCCGCCAAGACAGUAAAGCAUGGGGCUGGGGCGGAGAUUUCCACCGUGAACCCGGAGCAGUACUCGAAAAGAUUCUAUGAAUUCAUCACUACCAUUCUGCCCUAGUCCGAGGCAACUGAUCUCAGUCCAGUGGGAUAAAGAGGGACGCCAGCAGAGGGGUGCAGAACAUUCAAAUACCUGCUCUGCCACGGGGGGCACCCUUACAGCAGCUACAACCACCAUUCGUUUACAUUUUGAUUUUCAGUUAUUUGUUCUUUGUUUUGUGGGACCAUCAGAGUGAUGAAAAAAGGACAACAGUUUUUUGGGGGGAGGGCGGGUGGGGCUUUUUACUGCUUUCUAAUUGCAUGUCCCUUAUUCUUGUUUGUUCAAUUUGUUAUUUUUCCUGCCUUUUAACACGGAAGAAGACAGAGAGUAUGUGUGACGGUCUGUGGUUGGUUUCUGGAAAUCGAGGCUCCGUCGGAUCCAUUCUAGAACCUAAAACUGCUCAAUUGGACAUUCACAGAACCAUUUGUCACCAGUCCCUGCCCAAACUCGCAUAACUUGACCCCUGGCUGUCCAUAUUGCUUUAUGUCCACCAAGGUCAGAGGCACCUGAAGCACUUGACACCAACUCUCUGCACAGAGACUAACCAUUAACGCCCUUUGAGCCAUUUACAAAAGGAGGACCUGAUGCUCCCACUUGCCUUGCGUUGACAAACAGCCGUGUCCGUCUGUUUUGCAUGUUCCUUCAGUGUUUUCCGAGGCAAAUGCGGAGUCAUUUGGAGAUGGAGGCAGUCAUUUUUUAAUGUUUUUUUUUUUUAAUUUUGCAGCGACUUGACAGGAGAGAGAAUGAAGACACUGAAGCAGCAUUAUCAGUGGUUUCUCUUCAGUCAUCAGAGAAUUCUGUUACAUUAGUGAUUCAGUUGCCAUCAGCACCUUAAACUGUUGCACUUUUUAUUAGGAUCACUCGGUCUGUUACGAGCUGCAACGAACGCACUAUGAGGCACCGUUAAAUGCAGCCUUGCAAUUUCACGUGUUCUCACGCAUACGCUUGUUCUCAGCAGACAAAACAUAGUUUACCUCUUGCAUCGUACCAGGACACACCCAUUUGUGUUGUGUUUCAGUAUUUCAUGGAGGUUUGGGGAAGGGGUGCUUUGUAAAGUUUUUUUUUUUUUUUUGGUUUUCUUUAAAUAGUGUAUGUCUCGUGAGUUUUGUUCGAAAUUCUUUGAUUGGCAGCAAAACCGAUAAAACGUAUUUUUUUGCACAUGAUGAACGGAACCAAAAUGUUGUUCACAUAAUCCUGUUGGUUCAGCAGUGGUAUUUACAAGGGAAACAUUACACCUGUUAACAGAGGCAAAUGCGUUUUUGUAAAGUAGAAACAGGUCUUAUAGAGAUUAACAUUGUUUCUAAUUCAAAGAAGCCUUCUCAUUUUACGUUGGUUUAGAUUUCUUGCACAUAUUUUGACAUUUUAAUCCAUUUAAAUGCAUUUUAAAGCACCACUCUGUGAUUCGGUAAAAGUGUUUUGAUAAAUGAAGAAUGUUACUGUUUUAAAUAGUUUAACAUGAGUACUGUCUACAAAAGAAAGGAAAAAGGAUGCAUGUUGCAUUAUUAUUUUUUAUGAUCAAUCUGGUUUAGUCCAGAGAUGUAUAUUUCAUGAAUUUUUUUUUUAAUUUUUCCUGUGCACAGACACCCCCACCCCAGGUCUGUUAUUUUUAAUAUGGUCCCAUAUCUGCUUUAUACUGUGUUUUCAAUGUAUACACUGUGCAAGAGUCGUGCCUUUUUACAAAAUUAUUUAAUUCUGUCUUUUCAAUUUUUUCAAGCAGAAGUGAAAUGUUAUUUUCUAAUAUUAGGGUGGUUGUUGGAAAAAAAAUCAUUUUUCAGUGUUUAUUUUGCUUUUUAUCUCAUAAUAUGCUGUUACUUACAACAAGAUGUUACUUUCACCACCACCACAAAAAGGUCACUAUUUCUCCUUGACCGGCUAAUUCUAUGUGCAAGCCUUUUGGACAAGAGUGUGCAUUGUGAAUUUGUUGAUAUGAGUAGGUGUGGCUCUUGUUAUAGUGUUAAUUGUAAAUUGUGUUCAGGCUUUCUCAGAGCAUUUUAUCUGGAAGUAUUACCUGGCACCCAUGUUACACAGCGUCUUUGGUUAGUGUUUCAUUUUCUUAUUAAACUAAGCGCUGCUUGUGCCCAUUGAGCAGUGGUAAAAGAUGAUUUUUUUUAUUGUGCCCUCAUUGGGAAAGAAAACAAACCCUGGUCUUCUUGGAUGUAGUAAUAUUCACAUAAACAUGGGCAUGACAAAGAAGCUGUCACAUAGCAGCAGACUUUAAUAGUGUCAUCAUCAUCAUCAUCAUCAGUGCAUUGCUUCUGAUAUAUGUGUGAAUUUCACUAAAUGUGAAAAGUGCUAAAGUGAGACACAUCUUCACGCCUUCUUGAGAGCCCUUCACCCUGUUCUUCAUUUGCCAAAAGCGUUAUUGCUCAAUGUGUUCAUUUAUGGAUAACUCAUCACUUGGAAAGCUUUGGGAAAAAACUGUACGUUUUAGCAAUUGGAUUUUUAUUUUCUGGAACGGAUACAUUUUAUUUGAAUAUACAGGUUUACACGCUUACUGAAAGUAAAUGAAACCCCUAGUUUGUGACUGUUCAUGUCGUUUUCUAAUCUAGAUAGUGAAGGAAAUAGCAGUGAUUGGGGAAUCUCUGGUUUAAUGUGCAUCACACUCACAGACGAGUCUAAAAUCUGCUUUAAGAGUAACCAAAAGCAAAUCCUGUCUCAUGUGUUAUGAUGUAAACCGAUAUAAUACACUCCAUUCCAUAAGCAUUGCUCAAAACAAUAAAGCACUUUGUCUGCAAUUUA